AUGGAAGACGCUGGUACAGAUCAAGUAGGUAAUGGUUUGCGGAAUAUAGAAGUCGAAGACUCUUUUCAAGAUGCUGAGGAUGGUCAAUGCCUUGGGCACAUGGGGAAUGGCAAAUCUGAUGAAAGAGAUGCCCUCGGAAGAGCUGGAAACUCUUCUGGAGAAAAAUAUGCAAGGAUGCCAGUGCACAAGUAUUCUUCCCAUUACAACAUGGAACAUCCUAAAAGAGGCUUGGCUCUCAUCUUCAACCAUGAAAUCUUCGAAUGUGGAAAUUUGAAGCCCAGAAACGGCACUAACGAAGACUGCAAAAACCUGAAAGAGUGCCUUAUUGCUUUGGGCUUUGAUGUGCAUGUUUUCAAGGAUUUAAAUUAUAGGGAUAUUGAACAACACAUCCGUGAAACUGCCCAAACUGAUCACAAUAAACAUGAUUGUUUAUUAAUUUCUGUCCUUUCCCACGGUGAAAUGGGAAUAAUAUAUGCAAAAGAUACACCAUAUAAGCCUGACAAUCUAUGGGCAUCUUUUACUGCAGAUAGGUGCCCCAGUCUUGCAGGAAAACCAAAAAUAUUUUUCUUGCAAGCUUGCCAAGGUGAUAAAUUAGAUGGUGGGGUAAGUUUGUCGAGAACUGAAACCGAUGGAGAGAUUCACAAUACAUAUAAAAUCCCAGUUCAAGCUGACUUCCUCAUAGUGUAUUCUACAGUAAAAGGUUAUUACUCAUGGCGUAAUACCACUAAAGGCUCCUGGUUCAUCCAAUCGCUUUGUGACGAACUGAAGAAGAGGGCUCUUGAGCUGGACCUCGUGACCAUCCUGACGUUCGUCUCUCAACGUGUUGCCUUAGACUUCGAAAGCAACGUUCCAGACAACAUCACCAUGCACCGCCAAAAGCAAAUACCCUGUGUGGUGAGCAUGCUCACUAGAUUGAUCCAGUUUAACCAUAAGAUGGUUUAGGAACAUUAUUGCCGGCUUGUGGAUAAGUUUUUUUCGGAUAUAUAUAUUAAGUAUCUAUAACUCAAUAAAAAAUGUCGGCUUGAUUCAUAUUUUAAGCAUAUCUCUCAAAUUUUUACGUUUGUAGUUUAAUGAAUUGAGUUAUUUCUUAUUACUUGCUAUAGAUGACCGUUCGACAUCAACAAGAAUAAUUUCCAUGAUAAAAACUAGUGUCAACAAAGUCUGUGUAAAAUGUAGGCAAAUUUCAGACAUGUGCUAAAAGAUUUUUCCUGGAAUUUACUAAAAAUGACAAAAAGUAAAGUUAUUUUCUCAUUUUGUAGUACAGGCUGUUUGUGCAUAUAAAUACAUCAGUUUAAUCAAUCUAUUAAUUCUAGGACUAUUUUUAUUUUAAGAAGAAAGCUACAAAAACAAGUUGAAUCCGUUACAGUGAAAACAUAGCCAUGACAUAUAUUUAUAUUUUUAUCUUAUCUACUUAAAAUAUACUUAUUUAAUUAUAUAAUUUAAUCAUAUUUAGCGUUUCCGAAAAAAAUUUUUCACAACCAAAAGUUAUUUUUGGAGUGAGGCUGU